CGUGCGUGCGACGCAAGAUCGAAAUUCGAACUCUUUCUCCUCCGCCGCGGCGACGAAGCUAGGGUUUCCUCCUCCUCCUCCUCCUCCUCCUCCUCUCGAUUCGCCUCCAUGAUCGCACCUCGAUCUCCAAUCCCUUCCCCCGACAUCUUCCUCUGAUCGAAUCCCUCCUCUUCCGAUUCGAUCCCACGUUUUUUCCCCAAAAUUUUCCAUCUUUUUUUUUUUUUCCCAUUAUGAUUCCAUCUCCUCCUCGCGCGCUCGGUCUCAUCGUCGCUUCCUUCUCCGCCAUCGACAACCUCCGCGUCCUCGGCCCCGGUUUGAAUCCCUUCGCUCCCUUCGGCAUGGGUAACUACUCCGCCUCCCGCUAAUCCUCUUCUCAGGGUUUACUGGGAUUCUUCCGAUAAUAUGUAAAAAGCCCCGGCCUUUCUCGCGGAUCCGGUCGCUUCGUCGCACGAUACACUUUUGAAGACGUAUCGAUCUUCUUCUCUCGAUUGGAGGUGGUAAAGGAGUGUUGGUUUUGUGUAUGCUAUUGAUUUGGAGGGUAUCGAGCUGGUUUGGGGAAUUUGGGGGAUUAUUUCUCGGUUUCGUUUUGGGAGAUAUGGUGCAAGAGCACAAUAGGCAGGUGCCGCGUCGGCAGCUGAGUCGGGGAUCGUCCAACCGGCGUUGCAGCGACAGAGACGAUCGAGGGUGGACGCUACUCCACGUCGGUGCUCGGAAGGGUGAUCUCAAGGAGGUGAGGCGCCUUUUGAAUGAAGGCAUGGAUGUCAAUGUGCUUACUUGGGGCCCAAAAACACCUGGUGUUACCCCACUUCAUCUUGCUGCUCAAGGCGGACACCUCAGAGUUAUGGAUGAAUUACUCGACCGUGGUGCAAAUAUCGAUGCUCGAACGAAAGGAGCAUGCGGCUGGACUCCGCUUCACACUGCUGCCAAGGAGAGGAACAAGAGAGCCAUAAAAUUCCUGGUAGAGAACGGUGCAUUCUUGCCCCCUGACAUCGACGACCAACGCUUCAACCCGCCCCUCCACUACUGCCCGGGCCUCGAAUGGGCCUACGAGAUGAAGCGCCUGCAUGACGAUGGCCCGUCUGGUGAAACUUCUUGCAGUUCCGAGAGCUAAGUGAGUACCGAAACCGCCCACCCUUGGUGCUUCUAUCCUAGCAAUGUUGUCUGUGAAAAGAACUCUCGACGAUCGUUAUGUUUGUUCUCAAAAUGGCUUGCUUGUCGGUAUUUCUGUGCCUUACCGAACACCUUAUUAGGGUUUCUACUCUGUAGAAAUAUUGUGCCUUCUUCUGUUUGUCUGUGUUUUUUAGCUGAGAAUGCUGCUGAUCAAGACAUUUAUUCUUAUGCUUGCUGUGUGUUUGUUGUUCUCGUAAACGAUGAGCUGAUAAAUAAUUAUUCAUGGAUUUGAUCCUAUAAUUUA